UUCGUUUGUUUUCAGCAGCAGCACCGAAGUUGGUCAGUUGGGACGGGGGGGCGUAGUGCAAAAGUUCGUUGAUCGCACUGUUUGCGGCCGUGUAUCUGGGUGACAAUGAUAAAAGGUUCGCGGGACAGUAGAGGCCGGGAAAACUUUAGCCACGACUAGCGUAUUUGCGGUGCAACUUCUACAUCCCAAUCUGGGACGUCCCGUUCGCGUCAGCUACUCUACCAGCAUGGAGCGAGCGUCGGAACACGAUCGAGAUUUUUCCCCUCAAAAGGACGCUCCGAAUGUACAAACAAGGGACCAUCCCAGCGCCAGUUUCGUGUCCAUCGAUGUUGACAUGGAAUCUGACGUCGACAUCAGACCCCUUGUCACAUUCCGCGAGAAACUGUCAGCCCUGUUGCAUUCUACCAAGUUUCAGAUUGCCAUCGUGGCUUUGGUAGUUCUCGACUGCCUUCUAGUCAUCACUGAGCUGCUUGUGGAACUGGAGAUCCUGAAGCUGCAUGAACACAGCUACAUCGCACCAAAGAUCAUCCAUUCACUGAGCAUCUUCAUUCUGAGCUUGUUCUUGGUGGAAAUUGCGGCCAAGCUGUACGCCUACCGACUCAGCUUCUUCCAACACAAGAUGGAGAUGUUUGACGCUGCAAUCGUCAUCGUCUCCUUUGGCCUGGACGUCGCAUUCAGGGACCCUGAAUCGGCCGCCAAUGGUUCAGGCCUCAUCAUUGUCCUGCGACUCUGGCGAGUGGCACGCCUCUUAAACGGCAUUGUGCUCACAGUGAAGACGCAAGCGGAACGGCAACUGAUGCGGGAAUGCAAGUUGCGCGAGAAGCUCAUGCAGGACCUGCUCAAAAACCGUGACUACUGCAACGCCCUGGAGCAGGAGAUAUCAUCCCUCAGGGAACUAUUGCAUAACCACGGCAUCACCGAGCUUCCACCAACGGCGGUCGUCCAGGAGCCACCCUUGAGCGGAGAAGAGAACCAGGAAUCUGCCGUGCGGGAUUGAAGUUUCCUCGAAUGGUCCCACACAGCUUUACGCUUCUGGUGAGGAAACUGAACGUGCGUGCCCAAAUCUGCCCUGGCGGCGCUACAGAUGAGGCAGUACAUGUUUGUAUGUCUCUCUUCAAGAUUGGCGUGAAACAUUUUGGACAGCAUUAUUUAUUGCCCUUUUUUUGGGAGGCGGGGGGGGAUACGUGCAGCGCUUGAGCAUACUGAACUUUUAGCCGGUAUGCCUACUGCCACAAGCAAACAUGCUUAUAUCCUGUGCCUACAUGCACUGACAACACUUGGAGUAAACCUGGAGCCCUACAAGGAGUGUAGUGUGGACAUAUGACCUGUGGGUUUACUCUGUGUACUCUUUAUGUACUAUUCUUGUGCAGCUACAGGUCAAUACUGAACCAAAAUGGUGAGAGGUUGCCAACGUGUACGGUACUUUGCAAGAACAGGGUUGCAAUAACUCACAGCAGUGCGAUACAUGCGUUGCUGUGUCCAAGGUAUGAGCUGCACACUAAUAUUAUCAAGGGCAAUGAGGGUGUUCAAUGACCAAGUUUAAUGCAUCAUGUUGCUUCAUGAAUGCAGUCCAGUGAUAAUGUGCCGGUACUAGACUUUAUGUGCUUUUAUUUAUCUACUGUCAGUAGUCACAUUUAGCACUCGAGGAGUGAUGUAUUGUAAGCGGGCAGUCUGUGUAUUACUUAAUGCCGAUGGAAUGAAGUGAAAACUGUUUAAAGUGCCAAACCACAAGCAAUGUGGCAGCUUGGAAAUGGAGCGGUCUGUUUUUCCUUUUUUUUUAUGUUUUUCAUACAGAACAUGACAUAGUAUCUCAACUACAAUGUGACAUGUCUCCACGGUAGGUAAACCUUUUGAUAACCACAAUGAAAUGCAUUAUCAUGUGCAGACUGAUUAUCUUCCUGCAAUUUUUGAAAAGGGAAAUUUUGCCUCAAAGUGUUUUUCUGCUCCGGUGAUGGUGACAUUACUGGACAUUUUCUAUCUAGUCAGUUGCCAAGAUCUGCACACACAGCCUUGUGGCCUUCAGCUGCCAUCAAAGGACAUUUAACACAGGGCACAGGAAAAAAAAGCACAAAAUGUUCUAGGCAUAACGCUUAUGCUAUAAUGCUUAGCAUUGUGCUUAGGCAUAAUGCUAGGCUUAUGUGAAAUUACACAAACAGUCUUCCUGACACGCCUCAAUAGAUGUAACCAAAGUUGUGCUUCAAGCAGGAGUGAGGUGCAGGCAUGCAAGCUGGUGCUACUGUACCUUCUUCACUCCUAGCACCAAGCCCUCGAUUUUUCCGUAGAAACGGAUGCAUGUGAAAAAGCCACAAGAAAUUACAAGAUGGCACAAGGCUGGCCAUCUCUGUACAUGCACCUCACGUCACAGCGUGUGGCUCAUCCUGUGAACAAGAAGAGCAGAUGCACAUUCUGACCCUGCGCUUCUUUAAUGCCCCACCAUUUUGGGCGAGAAUCUCCAGUGGACUGCUCGCCCCUAAGUGAUAAUGCAAAGAUGACACCAGUACAGUUUGUUGCAACUGCCCUACUUAUGACACCAGGCCAAGUUGCCAAUGACUUGCAGCUAGGAUGAGCAUGCAUAUUUCGCCUGCACUGCCGCUGCAUAUUUGCGGAUUCACACUUUGCCGCCUGUCUGCAAAAAAGGAAACGGCACUUUCAUACAACUGGGCAGGCCUCUUGAUUCAGUCUAUGUUGUCUGCACAUCAGUUGCUGCUAGUCCUCUGAAAAUGAGUUUGGGUGUUUCCAAACAAGGUCAGGGACUGCAACUAAGCUUGCAUAAUGGUUGCGAAACUGUGAUGGUUUUGUAGUUCUGUAUUAUCAUUAUGAUCAUUUAAUGUGCGUAUUUGUUACUGUUCUAUGCAUGAUGAAUUUCUUUGUAUCUUGAAAGCUGAAAGCAUCCUCGGAGUGAACCUUGAGCACUUUCAGCGCAGUAUCUUGGCGGUGUGCUCACAAAGUAGGGUACACAACUCGUCACAGACCAAGGUAUUUUUUUUACCUUACCUCCUUUAUCUAAGGAAGGCAAUGUACAAUGUACAUUAUUAAUGCCCAGUCCAACCAUGUUUCUCAUAAGAGAGCUUUGAUUGUAAGAAUGUUGUGAUAAAUAUACUAUAUAUAUUUUUUAUGGUUGUUGCCAACUGUAGAAGCGUGUUUGUGUGUAGUAGUACACUUGUGCCUUGAGAAAUAUUUGGAAUUAAUACAUGGGGCACAAACAGUAUGCAAUACUCAGCUGUGGUUAUAUGUACAUUACUGUAUUUACUUGUGAAUAUUUCUCGCGUCUUUACUGCUUGUAUUUUAUGUUGUCACAAUAUACAUGUUGUUUGGAGA